AGAAACGUCAUAACAAAACAUCGGAAACGAAGACUAGCAACGACAGUAAACAAUCUGUUACAUAAAAUCUACGUACAAUUUUUAUUCUCAUAGAAAUUUCCAUUUCCUGUUAUCAUAGAAAUUAUCCAAACCAUGGCUUUGGUGCGAUCCUUUCAGAUGCUCAUUCCACUAGUGAUACCGAAAGCCCCAAUGCACUGCUUAGCCGGUAGCCUAGCGAAUACAUUGACGGAAGCUGCUGCCGGAGGGGCAUGGUCAAAACUAUCCACAAGAACUGUUAUUCGAAACCAAUUCCCAAGAGCACGAGAAACGAAACGUGUUCGUGUGCAUGGUUGGUGGAAGCGUAUGUCUACUCCGGAAGGACGCCGUACUUUGAUGAGGAGAAUCCUCAGAGGACGACAUGUUUUGUCACACUAGAAGUUAAUCUAAUUCAUUGCAAAUAUAUAUAAUAAAGCUUAAGUAUGUUAUCUA